ACAGAGCGGGAAAUGGAAGAGUAAAUCGGUUUUUGUGUCAUGGUGGAUGCAGAGAAUGCAUUUGCACGGGAGCAACUUCGCCUUCGUGGGCUUCUCCAAGACCACAUUGCAAGCUUCGCGAGGAGGGAUGGCAACGUCGAAAACAGCACACGCGUUGUAUCCGCCUCGGAUGGUGUUGUUCCUCGAUACAUCCGCAUCCGUCGCAUGGCAUCGUCAGGAAACAAUGUAGGUGCGAACAAGAAUCACGAGGAGGAGGAGCAUACCGUAAGGGAAGCUGUCUUGGCAGCAGGGGGUCGACGAGUCCCCUGGUGCCCUCCGUAUGCAAGUGAAAGUUUUUAUGCCUUGCCUCCUGAAUUUCGCAUCGCACAAUGGCCGCUGUAUCAGCAAGGAAAAGUUUAUGGCAUGGACGUCGCAUCUGGGGUGGCUGUGUGGGCGCUGGGACCGAGGCCGGGGGACAAUGUGUUGGACUUGUGUUGCUGCCCGGGCUUAAAAUUGUGCAUGGUGGCGGAGCAAAUGCACCACACGGGGACGAUCACAGGCGUAGACAUCUCGCGGGGAAGGCUGACCGUCUGCCGCCAGAUUUUAGUCAAAUACCAAAUCGGGCGCGCUGCGGGGGUCCUCGUGUCACCCUGCUCCGUGGUCCCCCUCUGGUGCCGUUUGCUCUGCGCCGACGGGUGUUGCUUCGAGACGGAAUGGGAUGAGGCAUGGGCAGGUCGGGAGGAGGACGUGAUUUUCGACUCGAGAGCCUACGACUGGCAGGUGGGGCAUGGAGGCGCGGGGACAAAAGCGAAUGAACCGCGGAGCUCGGCGCAGAGAGUCUUUGGCCUUGCGUAGAGUCCUGAAUCCCGCAGAAAACGGAGCAGGGAGGGAGGGAAGGAGGGAGAGGCCGAAUGAGGAAGGAGGGGGCUAUGACAGGGUCUUGGUGGAUGCGGACUGCUCACACGACGGGUCCACGCGACAUAUGUUGAAAGUGGCAGGCCUGGAUGACUCCAU